AUGAUGCCUUUAAGCCAAAUCGACGAAAACCUAUUUACUAGCCCACUGAGCCUUCGUCGACACUCUAUUUCGUCAGCUAAUUCUUGUGCGACUCCGAAUUCUCCUGGAGAUCCUCAUACACCGAACACGACUUCACCCCGUACACCAAAGUCAGAGGCUGGAAGCUCGCCGGUAUAUAACGAUAACGAGUUUGGGAACUUCAUGAUGAGAUUUCAGGGACUGAAAUCACAAUAUGGGUCGCAAUCGAUUGCCCCUAAUCUACUUACUAUGAGUAAUUCUCAUUGCGAUAACCACGACGCAAGCUCAUUGUAUGAUCCACAUGAGGACCUCCUUCAGCCACAUCAAUUGGAACAAAUCGGUCAGGUUUUCCCCCAACCGCUCCAUAGUCAACAACCGCAGUGCAAUAAUCAAUUACAGUCGAUGCCAUAUAUAAACGGCUGUUCACCACCAUAUCAAUGGGGUCACGAAAAUAACCCUGGGGCCGCUGCAAUGACUGCCCUGCAAUGUGCGAGAGAAAAGUACGAGGAGGAUGACGAAGAAAUGCUGGAUGAAGAUUCGCAACAGUCUUCACCUCCACCUACUGUCAACUAUUUACCGUCGUUGCAGCGAGCUCCUAGCAAGAUUAGAGGACAACGACGCCGCCGCAGUACCAUGCGUCGAACAGAUCAAGACGAAGAUGACGAGAACGGUCAGGAAGGGGAUGGUUAUCUUGUACUCGUAUCAUCUGCAAAUAUGCCUCACAUGUGUAAAGAGAAGGGGUGUCUAAGAAAAUUUAAACGCCCAGAACACCUUCGUCGUCACGCACGGACCCAUACUCAGGAACGGCCUUAUAAGUGCGGUGUCUGUGGUCGGCCUUUCUCGCGGAGUGACAACCUCAAAGCCCACCUAAGAACCCACAUGAAGCCCGGAGGUAGGAACCAGUACGUUGCGGGUCUGCAAAUGUUGUAA